GACCAGAAGGAGGCGGCUCCAGAGCUCCGGAGGUUGCCACCUGCCUCCACCCCGCCCUCGUUGUCACAAUUGCCAACAUGCUGGCGAGGCUGAGUGGCCCCGCGCUGCUGCUGCUGCUACCUCUGCUGCCUUCGCUGCUGGCUGGGGGAGGGAGCCGCGGGGCCCUAGCCGAGGUGCUGUUCCGCUGUCCCCCUUGCACCCCGGAGCGCCUGGCAGCCUGCGCUCCCCCGGCCGCAGAGCCAGCUGCGCCGCCAGCGGUGCCCCCAGGUGCCGCCGCCGCCGCAGUCUUACCCUGCACCGAACUGGUCCGGGAGCCCGGCUGCGGCUGCUGUCCGGUCUGCGCCCGGCUAGAGGGCGAGGCGUGCGGUGUCUACACCCCGCGCUGCGCCCAGGGGCUCCGCUGCUACCCAAACCCGGGAUCCGAGCUGCCCCUCCAAGCGCUGGUCCAGGGCGAGGGUACUUGCGCCAAGAGACGGGACACCGAAUAUGGCACCAGCCAGGAGCAGGUUGCAGAUACCAUUGAUGACUCAGAUGGCGGACUGGCAGAGAACCAUGUGGAUGGGACAGUGAGCGUGCUAGGUGGUGGGGGUCGGAAGCCCCACAAGUCUGGCAUGAAGGAGUUAGCAGUGAUCCGGGAGAAGGUUAUAGGGCAGCAUCGACAGCUGGGCAAAGUCAACAUGCAUCAUCAUAUCCAUGAAGACACCAAGAAACUGCGCCCACCUCCUACUAGGACCCCCUGCCAGCAGGAGCUGGACCAGGUCCUGGAGCGGAUUUCUACCAUGCGCCUCCCAGAUGAGCGUGGUCCCUUGGAGCAUCUCUACUCCCUGCACAUCCCCAAUUGUGACAAGCAAGGCCUCUAUAACCUCAAACAGUGCAAGAUGUCUCUGAACGGUCAGCGUGGGGAGUGCUGGUGUGUGAAUCCUCAUACUGGCAAGCUGAUCCAGGGGGCCCCCACCAUCCGAGGAGAUCCUGAGUGUCAUCUGUUCUACAAUGAGCAGGAGGCUCGGGGGGCACACGCUCAGCGAAUGCAGUAGUCUGGAGCCCACCAGUGCCCUGAUGCCACCUCCUCCUCAACCUUCCUCCCCAAACAUCAGCAGAGAGAGGAGAGUGGCUGGGAGGGUGGGAGUGCUGGUGGUGGUGAUGGUGGUGGUGGUGGUUUUUCCACAAGUUUUGACACGUGUAUUUAUAUUUGGAAAGAGACCAGCACCUUGCCUGGCAUAUACCCUGCUUUCCCCCUUUCCUGCAUGAAAUGCCUACUCCCUGUCCCCUUCUCUCUUCCCUUGUUGGGGAGGGAAGGAGGUGGCUGGGUGUGUGGAAGCCAGUGAAGGUCUGGGAAGGGGAGGAGGUUUUUAUUUUUGAAGCCCUGUGUCUCUUUCACUUAAGAUUAAAGGAAGGAAUAAAAAAACAACAACAA